AUGGAAGGUGAUAGUGGCAUGUCAGAUGUUGGCGAGACAACAGCUCAUGCUGCUGUUAGGUUUUAUGCUGAUAAUGCAGAAGUAAAUUUUCUCCCGGUGACUCAUAUCCAACACUAUGAUCCAAAAGAAAAAAAGUUUCCCUAUGAUGCUAAGGUGAAAAGUGGAAAGGGUGCUGAAGGCCAAGAUAUGUUUGAACCAGCAGUAAUUCUGGAAAUCGCUGCAGAUAAGGAAACGUUACAAGCUAAAAAAAGAAGAUGGCCUAAGCCAAAUAAGAGACUCAGCACUGUUCUCCACGAGUUAGCUCAGAAGCACCAGGAUCAAGAAGUUAAUGGAAAGGAAAAGGCAAAAGGGAAAGGAAAAGCUAAAAAAGGGAUAUUCUCAACGACGUCAUCAAAUAAGGACCAAAAGCUGCCCUCUCCACUCUCAGUAGCAGAUGCAGAAACAGCUAUGGGCAGCAAAUUAAAAAUGCUGCAAAGUAAUUUAGAAUUUAAUGAAGCUACCACAACUAAAGAAUUUGAGAAAGACAAACGUAUAAUGGAAUUAGAAGAGCAAUUAAAAGCACUUCAAAAAAAAAUGCAAGGACAGUCAAAUAAUUCUUCGAAUUAUAGCCCUAGUAUUUCAGCUUCCCCUAGCAUGAAUGAUAUUUAUACCCCACAAUCUGCACGUUACUCAAGGACAAAUCCUCUAUUACCAUGCAAUAUUAUCCUUAAAGAUGUACUGGAUACUUCCUAUAGCUCAAACGUGAAUUUUCGUUUAUCUCCAGCAAAUAAAGUAUCAACCAGCAAAGCAUUGGAAAGCAGACCAUCCACAAGUGGAAUACAAAAACAGUCAUUGAAGGAAAAAGAUAUUGGAAAAGAUGCAGUACCUAAAAAUAAAUUAAAAAUUAGUUCACAAAAGAGAGCAGUUGCCGAGAAAAGAAGAAAUAUCAGGAAGGAGCCAGAUAAGAAACCAAAGAAUAAAAAGUACAAAAAAAAACUAAAAAGUGUCCUAUACGAUUCAGACGACUAUAUUCAGUCAGAUUGCGAAAUAAAGAGGCGGAGACUCACCACCUGGGAAGAGGAAGCGACGGAAGACAAACCAGCGAGAACUAUGUUCCAUCUACAUUUUGGAGUUUCGGUGCCCUAUAAAGCUUGGAAAAAAGCCAAGCGGGUAAAGUCAGCUUAUAAAUUCUUGAGGGAACUAAUUCCCUACAUAUGGGAAACUGAUGAAUUUCUAUGCUUGGCUAUACAAAUUAACCGAACAAAGGAUGCUUCAAACAGGUCUCCUGUUGAUCCCAAAAAAUUUGAGGCAUUAAAACGUGGAUAUGUCCAAUACUUAAUAGAAAACAAAAUAAUUCAUAAUGAGAUGUCUUCUCAGAAAAAACGCGCUAUUAUACAGCAAUUUGGAAGAAAACUUGGUACUAUAAUUGCUCAAGAAAGGCAAACUUAUUCUACUUGCUCUGACGAGCUUCGCGAAGAAAAAUAUAAUAAAAAUGUAAAUGAAUCUGAUGAUAAUGAGGAUGAGGAUGAGGAUGAGAAUCAUGAUGAAGAUCAGAAUGAGGACGACGAAGAGAAUAACGAUAAUGAUGAUUCUGAGAUUAAUGAAGAUGAUCUGGAAUAUGAUUGA